AGUUUAAAUCCUCUCGACCUCUGACUUGCAGUAAACUUAUCCACUUCCUGCUCGCCGUCCCAGUCUUAAUAGACUGAAAAGGCGAUGUGUUUGAAGGAAAGGGAUUCUAUUUCGAUUGAUUUGGGCUGAACUUGAGCACAAGAUGAGCUGGAUUCCUUUCAAAAUCGGACAACCAAGGAAACAGAUUGUUUCGAAAACGGUUGAAAGGGACUUUGAGCGGGAAUAUGAGAAGCUCCAAAAGUUGGAAGAACAGACGAAGAAGCUGCAUAAAGACAUGAAGAAAAGCACAGAGGCUGAUUUAGCAAUGUCUAAAGCAGCAGUGAAGAUCUCCGGGGACUUGUUGAGCAAUCCGUUGUGUGAGCAAGAUCAGGCUUUCCUUGAAUCCAUGAAUGCUUUGGAUACAGCCAUGAAGAGAAUGGAUGCGUUCAAUCAGGAGAAGGUCAAUCAGAUUCAGAAGACCGUGAUCGACCCUUUGAAAAAGUACAGCAAUGUCUUUCCCAGUCUGAACAUGGCGGUAAAACGCAGGGAACAGGCUCUUCAAGAUUAUAAGAGACUUCAGUCUAAAGUGGAGAAAUAUGAAGAAAAAGAGAAGACGGGGCCCAUCAUGGUCAAACUCCAUCAGGCCAGGGAAGAACUGAAGCCCGUCAGAGAAGACUUUGAAGCCAAGAAUAAGCAGUUAUUGGACGAGAUGCCCAAGUUCUACAACAGCCGCAUCGACUACUUUCAGCCCAGCUUUGAGGCUCUGAUACGAGCUCAGGUGGCCUAUUUUACGGAGAUGCACAAUAUCUUCACUGAACUGACGGAUCAGAUUGAUCAGGGCGGUCUGACGGAUGAACAGAGAAAGCAAGAGAACGAGGCCAAACUGAACGAGUUGCGCGCGCUGUCCAUCGUGGCCGACGACUGAGACAGAAAACAUCCUGUUACCCAAGUCUUACUCUGUUAUAAUGAAGUCACGGCCACAUUUAUUUAUUUCUCUUUUUUCAUUGAUAAUGUAGAAGUCUUGUUUUGUAUAUCUUUGUCAGAUGAAGCCAUCAGAAAACACUAAUGAUACUGUAAAACUUUUUAAACGUGUUCAGAUUCUCAUAUACCCAUGAAAUGUGGUUUCUUAGCUGGAAUUAAUUACGUGUUCUUGUUUCCAGUUACUAUUUGCUAAUCAAACUUCCUGUGUUUCAAUUCUUUCAGUCAUUACAACUGACCAAAGAUUGAAGUUCUAACAAAUCAUUUACAUGUUUAUCUCAAAGCUUUCCCAUUUACCAGAGGCCAAAAUAAUAAGCUAUAAUAUGCUAAAACUUAGUUUUCUAUCCAUGAUGAACAUUUUAUUUGUUGUCUGUAGUUCAAACGCUACAAUUGUAUGUUCUUCAGCUUUUUAAAAGUAUCUUCAGAAAACAGUGUAACACUGGAUUAGUGCUGAGAAUUUUUGAUGACUGAGAUCUUGGAAAAAUGUUACAGUGUGAUUGUCUGUUAACAGAAAUCAUGCUCGCCUUAGAAUCCACAUCAGCGCUGCUCUCAGAAACCGUGAUGGUCUACAUGCAUUUAAACGAUACUCUGCCUCCCUCUACUGACACGUGAAACAUUUUUCUUGUUUUUGUACCUGACCUUUGUUUGUGUUCACUGUAUUUGUAAUGAAGGAAAGACCAGUAGUCUUACAGCCAUAUUACACGAGAUGUUUUUUUAAGCUACACAUUUUCAUCUCAAUGUCAGUGUUGUGAAUUGCAUCAGUUACUGACAAUCACUAUAUAGUGAAGCGGUUUGAAACUGGAAAAGUCUUGAUUGUAUAAACAGAUUAUUGGUUGGGUUUGACAAUAUUUAAAUUGGAUUAUUAAUGUGCCUUCACAGUAGGUUAUGUUGCUCACUGUGGUUUGAUGUAAACCUGAAUUCAGUGCAAGUCCCGUUGGAUAAAGCGUCUACCAAGCAACUGAAUGUAAGCGUUACACAAUGUUUUUACAUUCCUGCUUUGCUUUUAAAAGAAAUGUUUAACUUCUGAAAUAAUCUAAAACAUUUUCUCUAAGACUCUGGACCACAGCCUUAUGAUUUCCAAAAAUGUGUGCAUUAUGCAUCUUUCCAUUUAUCAAGUUGUUUUCCUUUAAACAAACUGUUUGCUGUUGUUUAAUUGUCAAACAUUCUUACAGUAAACUGUCUGCAAAUUCCUGAUUUUAACUCCUUUAUCUUGCCAUCCGAGCCUUUUUAAUAAAAACGAUGUCCAGUACACUCACUGCAGUCUGGGCAGGAUUGUGAUUCUCUUGGGAAUGAACCAGUUAAGUAUUUUUGUAAACACCAGCUCAGCGUCCUAAUGCCUUUCUCUAAAGCACAGUUUCCUGAAUGAACAUGAACUGAUCAGAUCUGCAGGUGAAGAACAGCUGUGUCAGAGCUGUGAUGGGUAUACACAGGAAAAUCUGUAAUAAGGCAUUGUCUUUAUUCUUCUGUCAAUAAAAUGAAGUAAAAUACA